AUGCCAGCACGAAAAUCAUUCUUGGAGGCGCCGGACGCCCUCGAACCCUUGGAAACAUCUCGGAGAGAAGACACUUCCUACAGCCAGCGCAGAAUCAAUAAGACAUCAACAAUUCGGUCCCAUCGGAUAGCAAGUUCUUCGAGCAGCACACCAGGCACCUCGCGAACGGUGACAAAAAUCACCUUCACUCAGGUGGGGAGCAGGCCUACCUUUGAUCGUGACGCGCACCUUAACCACGUGCUCAAGGCCCAGCCUUCUAUGACAUUCAGCAAUGAUGCAAAGUCGACCGGCAUGCUUACACUUCUGGGGCAGCACUUUCCUGAGCUACUGUCUGAUGGGGCGUUCAAGCGUGAGCUGGAACGAGGAAAGUCUCGAGAGCCGCAUGGUUCGCUUCGUUUCCGCAAAAGCUCUGGGCUUCGUCAAAUGGCACAGGAUACCCGAAUCGAUAAAGGACGGUCGAACGGCCGUCGCCAUCAGGAGUACUACGCUUCUAGCUGGAGAUCGUCCAGCUCUAGUCGAUCAAAGGACCCAGGCAGUUCGGUCAUAUCUCUCAAGCGGACCUCGCCGGCUGGCAUUGAUCGUGUCGAGGCUUCGGUCCGGUCUACAAUCCUGCGUCCAAAUUAUGAGGAACUGGAGACCGAGUAUCCCAAAAUUCGCCUUGAAACUGCCAAGGACGAGCCGAGCUUCGGGUCCCAGGGCACGUCGCCUCUGGCCAGCAGUGAAGGAGCAGAGACAGAUCUAACCUCGCCGUCUGGAGAUUAUGGCAUGAUUGAGCAGAAUUCAAAGCGCCUCAGGCCAACGGUGGACGUUCCAUAUCAGUCCUACGUGGAAGAUGAUGCCGACGAAGAGGGCGGCUGA